UGAAAAUUCAGCAUCCAAUAGACCUGGACCCUACAGGUCAAAGCCAUUCUUUCAACAAACCUCCCGGGACGGUGAAGUGCCAUGCGGUAAUCCUAAACUCCAAAAAUGCCCCGUCGCGCCGCUUCCCCAGCUGCCUCUGAGCACGAAGUUGAUAUCCUCGGCUCUAUUUUCGCAAACGAUAACGAUAUCGAAGUCAAGACCAAAGCGAAGAAGCGGACUGGUGGCCAUGACGAGAUCGAUCUUGAUAUCGAUGCACUGCUCAACGGUGCCGGAGAUGGCGGAGAGGAUGACGAUGAAGCGCUCAUUGCGCUGCAGCAGGCUGCAUCCUUUCGCAAGACGACCAACUUGAAAGGAAAGACAGGCAAGAAGUCUGGCGGAUUUCAAGCCAUGGGUUUAAACCCAAGUCUACUCCAAGCUAUUACUAGGAAAGGAUUCUCAGUCCCGACACCUAUCCAGCGCAAGUCUAUACCCUUGAUUCUUGACCGCCGCGAUGUGGUAGGAAUGGCUCGGACCGGUUCCGGAAAGACGGCCGCCUUCGUUAUUCCAAUGAUCGAGCGCCUCAGGGCUCACAGCCCGCGAGUCGGUGCCAGAGCCUUGAUCAUGUCGCCUUCUCGAGAGCUCGCACUGCAAACACUCAAGGUUGUCAAGGAGUUCGGCAAGGGUACCGACCUGAAGACUGUUUUGCUUGUCGGUGGUGACAGUUUGGAGGACCAGUUCGGCUUCAUGACCACCAACCCGGAUAUCAUUAUUGCUACCCCCGGUCGAUUUCUUCAUCUCAAGGUCGAGAUGUCGCUUGACCUUUCUUCGAUCAAAUACGUCGUCUUUGAUGAGGCCGAUAGACUAUUCGAAAUGGGUUUCGCAACCCAACUCACCGAGAUUCUGCAUUCUUUGCCUCCCUCUCGCCAGACUCUACUCUUUUCCGCCACCUUGCCGAGGUCGCUUGUCGAGUUUGCCAGGGCCGGCCUCCAAGACCCCAGUCUGGUGCGUCUUGAUGCAGAGACAAAGAUCUCGCCAGAUCUCGAGAGUGCCUUCUUUUCAGUGAAGGGCGCAGAGAAGGAGGGUGCGCUUCUUCACAUAUUGCAAGAUGUUAUAAAGAUGCCGACGGGGACACCUGAAGGGUUUAAAGAGGAUAAGGAUGAGGGCUCCAAGAAGAGGAAGCGAGGUCCUGAUCGCCCGAACCCCAAAGAGAAGCCGACGGAGCACUCAACGAUUAUUUUCACAGCAACAAAGUUCCAUGUCGAGUACCUCACCUCAAUACUUAUCCAGGCUGGCUACGCCGUCUCCCAUGCUUAUGGUGCGCUGGACCAAACCGCACGAAAGAUUCAGGUUGAAGAUUUCAGGAGAGGCAAGACAAACAUUUUAGUUGUCACAGACGUUGCCGCACGAGGUAUCGAUAUUCCUGUUCUGGCAAACGUUAUCAACUACGACUUCUGCGACCAGCCCAAAGUCUUUGUACACCGUGUUGGAAGAACGGCACGUGCAGGGCAGAAGGGAUGGAGUUACAGCUUGGUGUCUGAUAUUGACGCCCCAUACCUGCUCGAUUUGCAGCUCUUCUUGGGAAGGAGACUUGUGGUCGGCCAGGACACAUCGGCGAACGCAAACUUCGCCUCUGAUGUUGUGCUGGGAGCACUACAACGGAAUCCAAUCGAAACGAAUGUUGAGUGGGUGGAGAAAGUUGUACAGGAGUCACAUGAUAUUGCCUUGAUGCGGAGCGUGGUCGUAAAAGCUCAGAAGCAAUACUUGCGUACUCGGGUCUCGGCGUCAAGUCAGAGCGCGAAGAGGGCAAGAGAGCUGACGGCUUCCAGAGCAUGGUCACAACCUCAUCUGAUUUUCGGUGUAAACACCGACGACACCGAGGCACUCCGCGUGGAAAUGCUUGCCAAAAUCAGUGGCUUUAAGCCUCAGGAGACUGUGUUUGAAAUUGGCCAUGGAGGGAAAGGAACAAUAUCAGAGGCCGUCGAGGUCAUGAAACAGUUGAGGAAAAGAGCGCCCGUAAGAAAAUCCAAAACCGACAAGGACGCUAAUGAUGAGGACGAAGAUGUUCCGAUCAUCAAGCGCGCAAAGUCGGAUGAAAGCAGUGAUGAGGACGCUUCCUUCGAUGAGGAGGACGACUUUGGUGCUGCAAACGACGAGUCCGAUGAAGAACUCGAGGUGACAGUUUCCAACAACGCCGACGCGGCAAAGAAUACUUCUGCAUGGAGAGAUUCGGAACAUUUCAUGACCUACACGCCUCGUCAAUCAAAUGUAGCAGAGGAGCGCGGUUACGGUGUAAAUGCUGGAUCAAAUGGGGCAAACUUCCUCGAAGCCGCGCGCGACGUAGCAAUGGACAUCGCCAACGACGAAAAGUCCACUUCGUUUGGCGCACCAAAUCGGGCGACGAUGCGAUGGGACAAGAAGAACGCCAAGUACGUGUCACGUGCACACGACGAGGACGGCAGCCGCGGCAACACCAAGAUGAUUCGCGGAGAGAGCGGUGUCAAGAUUGCCGCAAGCUUCAAGAGCGGUCGCUUCGACAGGUGGCGCAAGGACAACCGUCUGGGUAAGCUGCCUGGAGUCGGUGAAGCUGAGACUGGGCUUCCCAGAGGUAUGGGUGGUGGUGCUGUCGGUGGAGGUGGCCGUCGUUUCAACCACAAGCGUGAGGAUGCGCCAAAGGAGGCUGACAAAUUCCGUGAUGACUACCACGUACGGAAGAAGCGUGUUGCUGAGGCCAAGGAGAAGAGAAUUGGCAAGUUCAGGGACGGCGAGGGCAGCAAGCGUGAGAUCAAGAACAAUGAUGAUAUUCGCAAGGCACGCAAGAUCAAAGAGCUCAAGAUGCGGAAGAACGCACACGAGGAAAUGGCUAGCACAGACAAGCCGGCCGAUGAUCGCGAUGCGAUAGACAUUCUAGAGGCAGAAACCAAGGAGGCAACCAAGGAUACCGAAAUCGACCGCAUUUUAAAUGCCUUUCGUCUCGAUGCUAUCGAAUUCACCAUUAACCCUACCCGCCCGUUUGUCCCCUUCUCCAGGUAUGCCGUCCUCGGCCUGCAGCCAGGCGUGCCCGAAUCCGACAUCAAGAUCACCUACCGCAAAAAGUCACUCCUGAUCCACCCGGAUAAGACGCGAAACCCGAUGGCGCCCGAGGCGUUCGACCGACUCAAGAAGGCGCAGACGGAGCUGAUGGACGAGAAGCACCGGGCGCUGCUGGACGAGGCCAUCUCGGACGCGCGGAUGCUGGUGCUGCGCGACAAGAAGUGGACGGUCGACAGCCCGGAGCUCAAGACGGACGAGUUCAAGAAGCUGUGGGCGGACAAGACAAAGUACGUGCUCAUCGAGAACGAGCAGCGGAGGAGGAGGCAGCUCAAGGGCCAGAUGCAGGAGGAGGGUAGGCAGCAGCGCAAGGAGGAGGCAGAGAUCGAGGAGCGCAAGCGCAAAAGGCAGCACGACCAGGACUGGGAGGCGACGAGGGAUCAGCGCAUAAGCAGCUGGAGGCAGUUCUCGCAGAAGAAGUCGGGCGAGUCGAGCAAGAAGAAGAAGAAGUUGAAGCCUAUUGGUUGA